ACAAUUUUCAGGUUUACGAGAGGAACACAUUAUGUUGGUAUUGGAUAUCAAUUUUUCAAAAAUAAAGUAAAAUAAAAUGAACUAAAUUAAAUAGGAGUCAUUCUAGACGUCAUUUCGUCCAUACGUGAACUGUAUCAGUGUUACGUUUGUGUGCUUCAGAGCCUAAAAAGUGUCAAGGGGUUUCUUUCGUUUAAUUAUGUCAUGCAUCAACUUUUUUUCUUAGCCCUGCCCCGGUGUUAUCACUCCCAAUAGGAAAUACGGACAGCUCUCUUUUCACUUUAAAAUUUCCAUACUAUUGUCAUCAAAUGUAUCCGAGGAGUUUGUGUUUCCAAAGUAGUUCCGACAUUUUUGAUGGUACGUGAAGGCAUCGCCGUUUUGCGUCUCAUCAGUAUUUUUCAGUAAAUAAAUAGAAGAGCCAGAGGUGAAGGAAACCGUGGAAUGAUGGGAGUUGGACGCUAACGUAUCCAUCACCGCGCUGUGAUAUACAGCCGUAGCUCAUUUUUGGACCGCGUUCUGUUUUGGGUCCCAGCUGUAAUACUUUAAAAGGAGGAGGCUUGGAAUGGAUGGAGAAUAAGCCUCUCGGCCGGCCGGAGGCUCGACUGAUGCGGGUUAUGAGUCAGAAUCAAGUCUUUUCUAUUACGAAAGCUACCGGCGGUGGGAGGUUUCCGUGGAAGCAGGUGGGCUAGACUAGAGACUGAUGGGAAAUGACACCGCAAUGCUCCAAAUUAUUAUCUCCCUCCGCGAUGGAGGAUAGCCCCGAAGUAUCCUCAGAGGGAAGAAGACAGCUGCGUUUUAAUAAAACACACUUUCAGCCCCGCGUACUGUAGCUUAUUUAUUCUAUUAAUUUUGAUUUUCUGGAGUCCAUCUGCGUUGAAAUACUUUGCAGAAAUGUCCUUCACAAUGGAGGAUAGUUUGGAGUCCGGGUGGGUAGCCGUUCGGCCAAAUGCGUUUGAGGAGAAGGAGAAGCACAAAAUUGUUUUUAUCGUCGCCUGGAAUGAAGUUGAGGGAAAAUUUGCCAUAACGUGUCACAACAGGACCGUUCAGAGGAGAAGCCUGGGAAGGGACCCUCUGUCUGCGGUGACGAGCCUAGAUCAUGAAGAUAAAACAAAAUGGCCCGAAAGUCCCAUCCGGGAUAAAGUGUCUCGAAGUCCGAGCAAAGGAACCGACGAGGCUGCUGGCAAAAGCUGUGGCGCUAAAGCAGAGUUUCUGCUAGCAUCCAAAGCGAGCCCCGCCAAAACCCAGACAGCCGACGUCGACACCUGCGCAGAGGAGCAUCUCUUUGCCUCCAUGGACUCUCUGGACCUGGAGGAGAUAAGCCGAGAGGACUGCAGCUGGGCCGGGCUGUUCUCCUUCCAGGACCUCCGGGCCGUCCACCAGCAGCUGUGCGCGGUCGACUCGGUGCUGGAGCCGUGCCUGCCGGACUUCCCCGAGGAGCCAGCGGGGAUGUGGACGGUCCUGUUCGGCCCCGCGGAGGUGUCCCAGACAGAGAUGGACGAGCUGUGCGCCGGCUUGCAGGUGUACCUGGGGCACGCGCUCGACACCUGCGGCUGGAAGAUCCUGUCGCAGGUGCUCUUCACGGACAACGACGACCCAGACGAGUACUACGAGAGUCUGAGCGAGCUGAGGCAGUCUGGCUACGAAGACGCUUUAAACCGAGCCACAAAACAUCUGCAGGAGCUGCUGGACAUGCACAAAAGCACAGAGAGCAUGGUGGAGCUGCUGGACUUGUAUGAGCAGGAGGACCAGGCCUAUGGAGGGCUGCUGGAGGCCUCCACACAGCUGCACCAGUACCUGCUGCAGCCAUUCAGAGACAUGAGGGAGCUGGCAAUGCUGCGCAGACAGCACAUCAAGAUUUCUUUGGAAAAUGACUACUUGGGUCCGAGACGCAUUGCGGCGUUACAAAAGGAGGACUCUGACUGGCAGAAGAAAGCUCAGGAGGCAGUCCUGAACAUCCAGGAGUUCACCGUAAAAUACUUUGAGAUCACUGCCAGAGCCCAGAAAGGAGUUUAUGAGCGUAUGAAACUGGACCAGAGAAAGUUUGGGAAAUCCUCAUGGACUGCAGCGGUGGAGCGCAUGGAGAGACUGCGCUACUCUGUCGCCAAGGAAACCCUGCAGCUCCAGCGAGCCAGGGAGAUCAGUCUGGAGCAGAGGAAGCAUGCACUUCGAGAGGAGAUGCAAGGUCUGUGCAGCAGUGAGGACGCGAUGACCCUUUUAGACCACCUGGAGACGCAGUAUUAUGAGCUCCAGCUCCAGCUGUAUGAAAUACAGGCUGAGAUAUUACAGUGUGAGGAGCUGCUGCUCAGCGCCCAGCUCGACAGCAUCCACAGACAAAUGACAGAACGUCAGAAUGAGGUGGUUUACUAUGACACGUUUGAAAGUGCAGAUGACAUAACAGAAGUCGAUACUGCUGAGAGAGAGGAACUCCGCCGACUUCGGGUGAGCGCUCGACAGCUUGAGGCAAGGCGAGGCCGCAUCACUGCCAAGCGCUCCUAUCUGCGGAACAAACGGGAGAUUUGUGUGUCCAACCACAACGAGAAACAGCAGAGACGUCUAAAAAUCCACAAGGACCCCGUCUGCUGCCACGGCUUGCAGCUACAAAUGGAAACGAAUGAAGAUGAGGAAAUGAAGAACAGCAGAGUACGUAAGGAGAGGCAAAAAACCCUGGACAGACUGCGCUCCUUUAAACAGCGAUACCCAGGUCAGGUUAUUCUGAAGUCCACUCGGCUCAGCGCUGCCCUCACCAGAAGAAAGCAACGAGGCCGAAGCGCUGACACCACGGUCGUGGACGAGAAUGAGGAGUGUGUGGGCUCCGUAAGCGUGCAGACGGCCAACCAGCCCCUGUGUCUCAGUACGAGCGUGCAGACGGACCCCAGCGCCACGCUCACCACUCAGCCCGUCGCGACGGUCAGGGCAUCAGUCCCUCCUCUGCCGGUACCCAGCCCGGCAGAUUCCUCCUGCUCUCCCUGCUCCCUCUCCUCACUGCUAGGCUCCCCUGUUUCUCCACCUCCCCCACCUCCUCCCCCACCUCCACCUCCAGCAAAAGACCAGUCAUUGGGUUCUGAAAGCCCUGGACUAAAGAGCGUAGAACAACUUCUGAUCACCCCACUCGGUCCAUUCGUCCCUCGCUUUUUUGACAGCAGCCAACUGGUGAGCGCACGGAAGAAGCUGAGGAAAGUCCCAGAGUUUGAAGCUCACAGCAGAAGAGUGAGUUCACCCAUGGACGAGGUGCUGGCCUCCCUGAAGAGAGGCAGCUUUCACCUGAGGAAGGUUGACCAACGGCCCCUGCCUCCUUCCAAGAGUGACGACGAUCCCAACAGCAUUCUGGUUCAGAUUCGCAAGGGGGUCAAACUGAAACGGGUUCCCUGUAAAGACAGAACAGAGCAGAGAAAGCUCGCUGCAUCCACCGACCCCCUGACCAGGAGCAUCCACGAGGCGCUGCGGCGCAUCAAGGAGGCCUCCCCAGAGUCGGACUCAGAUGAUGACGGAGUGGCAGGCCUUGACUGGGAGAGUUAAGGUUUAUCAGAUAGCCCUCCUGACACUGAAAACCGCUGCGCUCCGCUGUAAACACUAUAGCUCACUCAUUCAAGCACACAGCACAGGCUCAAAUAUACCUGGUGGUUACGGCAGGUCAUUCACCCUGUUGGUGUUUGUUUUUAUUUCUGCUGUGUGUCACUGUGGUUUCAUUCCUACUUUCAGAUUGUUCUGAUGCCAAGUUUGAUUUUCAAUUUUUAUGAAGUGUACUGUGAAGUUCUGAACUUUGUUCACUUAUGCACCGUACUGUCACCUAAAGAAACUGAAGCUGGUU